GUCAACCAAACCUCACACAUGGUACUGACGUGUCUCGCAGGACACCCCUACCAUUGAGGAAGGUCGAGAUAAGAUAAAACACAAGCCUUGUAAUUUUGACCCGAAAACAAUUGGAACAAGGUUCCCUCGACACAGUCAUGAAGGUCGUCGUGUGUGCGCUGAUGGUGCUGUCGGUGGCUGAAGCUCUCAACAUCGCCGCCUUCAACAUCAAGAGGCUCAGUGAAAAUACCCUGAAUAGCCACGCAGGCAGGUUGCAGAGUCUGGUCACGAUAUUGCGUCGCUAUGACAUCAUCAGUGUGGAGGAAGUCAUGGACGCAUACGGUCUCGCUGACGUCGUUAAGUCAAUGAACAGUCACGGAGGUGGGCCAUAUGCCAUGAUAAAGAGCGCGAAGACUGGGAGAACAUCCUACAAGGAAUAUUAUGCCUUCGUCUACAGGACAGACAGGGUUCAGGUGCGAGGGUCCUAUCAGUACCACGAUGUGCACGACUGGUUCGAGAGGGAACCGUUUUCUGCGUUGUUCCACGCGCCGUCGUCACAACUCUCUGACUUUGUGAUCGCUGCAUGUCAUCUGAAGCCAGACCAGGCAAAGCCCGAGAUCGGCCACCUGGUGGACGUCUACACCGACAUCUCCAACCACUACAACAACAAGAAUGUGAUGUUCGACGGCGACUUCAACGCCGACUGCAGCUACUUGUCAACGUCGGCCCUGCUGCAAAGCCCUCUCUACCAGGACCACAGGUUCCAGUGGCUGCUGUCGAGUAGUGUGGACACUACCGCCAGCCACCACACCAACUGUGCUUAUGAUAGGUUCGUGGUAGCCGGGGCGGAGUUCCAGGCCGCCGUCGUGCCAGGCAGUGCCACCGUGUACAACUUUGAGACCGCCCUCCAUCUUACUUUUACACAGGCCUAUAGCGUCAGCGACCAUUAUCCCAUCGAGAUGAAGCUAAAAUCUGCCUGAACCUGGAUAUCAUGUCACCAGGUCUUUCUUCAAAUGAAAUAAAAGAUCAUUGUCUUCCUAA